AUGUCCCAGCGACCAUCUACACCCGUCAAGGUGCCGCCCUCGGCAGCAAAUUACACCCCCGCGACGCUAGACCCAGACUUGCGAUCGCAAAUCAACACAAUCCUGCUGAAAGACGGCCACGUUACCAAAAUCCAAGAAGCCCUCCUCCACGCCCUCAACUCCAACUCCUCCAACUGGCCCACCGCCAUCCAGAACCACGCCCUGACCCUCCUCCGCUCCGGCGAAGUCACCACUUUCCCCGCCCUCCUCCGCCGCGUCCUCGACGACGUCCGCGAGGGCCAGCCAUCCACAUCAUCAUCAUCAUCAUCCACAUCCAGCGCAAACGGCAAGUCGUCCGCGACAACGAACGGCAACGGCGACACCAAGAAGACAAACGGCGCCUCCGAAAAGCUGCCCCUCGCCAUCCCCACCUCCGUAAUAGAAGAGGCCCUCCGCAUCACGAGGGAAAGCCUCGACGCUGUCGUCGAGAUCGAGGAGAAGGGCAGCGGCUAG